AUGCCUGCGUGUGGUAAAAAUGUUUCAAAGCCUCGUCCUGUACCCCUCGCCUAUUGCCUCGCCCUUGUGCCUCGCCACUGUAUCGUCACUGUACCUCGCCCCUGUGCGUCGUCCUAUUGCCUCGGCCUGUGCCUCGCCCUGUGCCUCGCCCUUGUGCCCCUCGUCCCUGUGCCUCGUCCAUGUAACUCGCCCUGCCUCGUCCUGUACCUCGUCCUGUACCUCGCCUGUGCCUCACCACUGUGCCUCGCCACUGUGCGUCAUAACUCGCCCUAUUGCCUUGUCCCUGUAUCGUCGCUGUACCGUGUCCCUGUGCUUCGUCACUGCACGCCGUCCGCCUUACCGCCCCACAAUACCUCCGCCCCUGUACCUCGCCCCUGUGCGUCGUCCCUGUACGCCUCGGCCCUGUGCCUCGCCCUGUGCCUCGCCCUUGUGCCUCGCCACUGUGCGUCGUCCAUGUGCCUCAGCCUGUACCUCGUCCCUGUGCCCUCGUCCUGUGCCUCAACCACUGUGCCUCACCACUGUGCCUCGCCACUGUGCGUCGUCCGUAAUAACUCGCCCUGUGCCAGCCAUCGCAAUGCCCCUCGUCACUGUGCCGUGUCCCUGUGCUUCGUCGCUGUGCCUCGUCCGUGUACCCGCAACCCUGCCUCGCCCCUGUGCCUCGCCCUUGUGCCUCGCCCCUGUGCCUCGCCCUUGUACCUCGUCCCACCAGCCCGCGCUCGUCACUGUGCCUCGCCACUGUACCUCACCCGCUGUGCCGCCACUGUGGCACCUCACCACUGUGCCUCGCCACCAGCCCUCACCACCUUGCCUCGCCCCUGUGCCUCGCCAUUGCCUCGCCCUUUUCUCGCCCUUGACGCCUCGUCCACCAAUACCGAUCAUAUUGCCUCAUCACUGUGCCUCACCACUGUGCCUCGCCCUGUGCCUCGCCCUUGUGCCUCGCCUGUGCCUCAGCCCUUGUGCCCCUCGGCUAUUAGAUCAGGUCGCUGUGCCUCGCCACUGUGCCCUCAGAUCGCAAUAUCAAUACUGUGCCUCACCACUGUUGCCUCAUGCGCAAUACCUCGCCCUUGUUGCCUCUGGCUGUACGCGCUAAUGCCUCGUCUCCACUUCGCCCCUGUGCCUCGAUCACUGUGCCUCAUACUGCCUCGUCCCUGUACCUCGCCACUGUGCCCCUCUGCUGUGCCUCGCCACGCCUCACCAUAUUGCCUCGCCCCUAUUACCUCGCCCGCUUGUACCUCGCCCUGUGCCUCGCCAGCCCUCGCCUGUACCUCGCCCUGUACCGUCCUGGCACCUCCCACCACUAUUGCCUCGCCACUGUGCCUCGCCAGCCUCUAG